CUUUUGCGUUGAAAUCGCGGGUAUACAGUUGGCAUUAGUGGGCUGGUGCUCAGUGCAGGCAACAUCGUGACGCGAAAAGUAACCAAAUAUUUACAUCUUUUCCGUUUCGUCCAUUUCGACGUUUGCACGUGUUCGCGAGUGAAGGUUUCAAAAAUAUAAUCCUUCAAGAUGGGUAAGGGUAAUAAUAUGAUUCCGAAUGGACAUUUCCACAAGGACUGGCAGCGUUUCGUAAAAACUUGGUUUAACCAGCCAGCGCGUAAAGUCAGAAGGCACGAGAACCGCAUCAAAAAAGCCAGGUCCAUCGCGCCCAGGCCCGCUGGGGGAGCUUUGAGGCCCGUCGUAAGGUGCCCCACAGUCAGGUACCACACCAAGGUACGCGCCGGCCGUGGUUUCACCCUUCAGGAACUGAAAGCGGCAGGACUUAACGCCCGCUUCGCUCGUACCGUCGGUAUCGCAGUUGACAACCGCAGGAGGAACAAAUCCGUGGAGAGCAUCCAAGUGAACGCUCAGCGGCUCAAGGAGUACAAAUCGAAGCUGAUCCUGUUCCCCAUCCACCAGAAGAAGAAGGUGCGCGCGGGCGAGGCGACAGCCGAGGAGAUGAGCAAGGCGACGCAGCUGGAGGGCGCGGUGUUGCCGAUACGCCAGCCGGCCAUCAGGACCAAGGCGCGCGUGCCCACCGAGGACGAGAAGAAGUUUGAGGCGUACGUGACCUUGAGGCAGGCCAGGGCCGACAAGAUGUUGCACGGUAUCCGCGCCAAGAGGGUCAAGGACGCGCAGGAGAACCCCGACGACAUUUCCAAGGCCGGCAAAGAAAAGAAGUCCAAGAAAUAAGUUUAUGUUCAUUGUUUUAUAAAAUAACUACGCAAAAAAUAUAAAAUAGGUCUUGUUCCUUCAAG